AUGUCCCUCAUUUCCAUCCUUCCUGGCGAAGGGAUUGGUAACUCCAUCAAAUUAGGUGACUCAUUGUAUACAGUCGUCAACAAGUUCCAGAAGUACAAUCACAAAAUGAAGAUCAUUUAUUCCGAUAAGAAGUACCUCGAAACUCCGAUAAUAGUUAAGUUGCCAGAGCUUGGAUUUCGGUUGAUUUUUGAGAACUGUGGGCACCAAGAGUUGAUCCUUAUCGAAGUCAUUGACUUUGGAUUCGUGAAGCUUUCUUACAAUGGUUUUACCUUCAAUGAUAUCCUGUACGCAGACGAAGGGUUUAUGGAUGUCGACGAUAUAGAUACGGAUAAAGCUGACAAGGGCACAGUUGACAAUGACGCCCAGGAGGAUGACGACUCAGUCUGCGGAAUACAAAACCUCCUGCUCAAUGGGCGACUUACCGGCCCACCAACUACGAAGCUCCCAACCUUGCAUCAAAUCUACAACAAGAUCUUCGGUCCCACAUACCCCGGAAGGUUAUUGUCUGAUUCAACGUCAUACAUACUUUCGUACCCAGGGAUUUCCUUCAAAUUUACGAUCAAUCUGGGGCAACUUCUCGAUAAGUUACCAGGACUAACUGAGAACGCGGUGCUCUCGGAACUUCUCAAUUGGGAUAACCCCGAUGACAUCACCUGCAGAGCCCUUUCAGUGUUUAGCGGAGACUCUUGGGAUGAUUUUUAUAAUGAUUUUAAAAAUUUUCUCCUAGCUGGCCGGAAAUCGUCCAUUCCAGAAGGCUCAAAGCCGUCAUCUCUCCAUCCGAAGUUGAUCCCAGAGAUUGAUAAGUUACUGGUUAAUUUGUCCACCAGCACCAUUAGCGUUCAAAGAGACGCUGAAGUGUACACCAUAAAAUUGGGAAAGACGACUCAGCAAGAGAUCUUGAACAUUUUGGGCCCCCCAGAUGAUUACUUUAAUAAGUUUGACUCUAGACUCUUGAUCCACAAGCAUCUUAGACAAUCGUUACCGUCUUCGCCUUCCAACAAUAACUCCAUCUUGAAGUUCCACAAUUAUUUCAAAUUUGGCCUUGAUUUUUUGUAUGACUUGAAUCCAGAGGAGUCUUCAAACAGCAACCAGAAGACUGGUCUCUUAAAGAAAGUGAUCAUACACAACGGAGGAGUUACCGAACUGCUCGAUUUCAUGAAAUGGAACAAAUGUAAUUGGGAAAUUGAGACUGGAGGAAAAGAUGGCAAAAUUGUUGUGAACUCUUCCAUGUAUUUCAAAGAAAUUCCAAGCGAGUUUUUCACAUCUUCAAACCAGGAUAGCAUUCGUCCGGUUCUACUUAAUAGAAAUGAAGCUGAAUUUAUUGAUAACGAGCUUGAUAUCAUUAACAAAAACGAGGUUUCUGCCAGAAAACCUCGGACUGUUUCCGGUUCUUCGCUCAACGAGAAGGAUAACGAUAGUAGGCUAAAAAUCAAAACUUGGGGCCAAUCGAUGCUAUAUGGAGGGAAUAAUUGCAUUUGGGAAGUCAUAGAAAGUAGUGGAUGCAUUACGUGCGUUACUGUGUACUAA